GUCCGGGCUUCACUCGCAGCGUGUCUCUGGGACCGAGCGUGCCGCGGGAAAGCAACGGCUGAAGACGGGGCGCUGCGCUCGGGCUACCCAAUGCUGGAACUAUCUGCAGCCGCUGCUCGUGCAAUAUGCUGGAGCUCCAGAACAGCUAAACGGAGUCGCCACACCGCUGCCUGGGCUGGAUCGCAGCGCUGCCUUUCCUUAUGAAGAAGACACAAACUUGGAUUAUCACUUGCAUUUAUCUUCAACUGCUCCUAUUUAAUCCUCUCGUCAAAACUAAGGAAAUCUGCGGGAAUCCUGUGACUGAUAACGUAAAAGACAUCACAAAAUUGGUGGCAAAUCUUCCAAAUGACUAUAUGAUAACCCUCAACUAUGUCACCGGGAUGGAUGUUUUGCCUAGUCAUUGUUGGCUACGAGAUAUGGUAAUCCAAUUGUCACUCAGCCUGACUACUCUUCUGGACAAGUUUUCAAAUAUUUCUGAAGGCUUGAGUAAUUAUUCCAUCAUAGACAAGCUUGGGAAAAUAAUGGACGACCUUGUGGAAUGUAUGGAUGAAAACAUACCUAAGAAUGUAAAAGAAUCAACUAAGAGGCCAGAAACCAGGCUCUUUACUCCUGAAGAAUUCUUUAGUAUUUUCAAUAGAUCCAUUGAUGCCUUCAAGGACUUCAUGGUGGCAUCGGACACUAGUGAUUGUGUGCUUUCUUCAACAUUAGGUCCUGAGAAAGAUUCCAGAGUCAGUGUCACAAAACCAUUUAUGUUACCCCCUGUUGCAGCCAGCUCCCUUAGGAAUGACAGCAGUAGCAGUAAUAGGAAAGCUGCGAAGUCCCCUGAAGACCCGGGCCUACAGUGGACAGCCAUGGCCCUGCCGGCACUCAUUUCUCUUGUCAUUGGCUUUGCUUUUGGAGCCGUAUACUGGAAGAAGAAACAGUCAAGUCUUUCAAGGGCAGUUGAAAAUAUACAGAUUAAUGAAGAGGAUAAUGAGAUAAGUAUGUUGCAACAAAAAGAGAGAGAGUUUCAAGAGGUGUAAUUGUGGAUGUACCAACAUUGUUACCUUCGCACAGUGGCUGGUAACAGUUCAUGUUUGCUUCAAUAAAUGAAGCAGCUUUAAACAAAUUCCUAUUCUGUCUCAAGCGACAGACCUCAUCUUUAUCUGUUCUUGCUACCCAUGACCUUGUAUGGAUGAUUCAGAAGUUGGAGCAGAGUGUUUAGCUGUGAAACUCGCACUGAAUUAUCAUCUAUAAAGAAGACUUUGCGUGAAGCAGGACUCUGGAGGUUUUGCAAGUGAUGAUGGGGAAGAGAACACGUGCCCAGUCUACAUUUGCAUGGCUUAGGAAAUGUCGAAGUGCUGAAACCCCACACAGCUUUGUUCUUCAGUUCCAACCUGAAGCCUGUAGUUAAUUAUGGUCUCUGCAAGUAGAUUUCAGCCUGGAUAGUGGGGGGAGGGUAGAAAACAAUUUUAAAAACAGUAACUCCAUAGCAUCAGCCACUGUAUGGAGUUAAAGCCAUGGGGAGUAUUUUUUUUUUUUUUUUUUUUUUGUGAGCAGGCACAUCCACUCUGUAGUGACGUAUUAACAAAUUAACAAGAGCAGCCAAAACUUCAGCUCUUCCUGAUGCAUACCAUGUACACCAUAACCCACUAGGAACAUGGACAUGGUUGGCUGGUUCUGUCCAUGCAGCAGAGCCGUGCUGAGCUGCACCAUGACGCCAUGGUGUAUGGAAGGCUCCACAGAAGAGCCCUCCCAAGAGAUAACUGUCAACAAGGACCAGUGGAAGAACAUGCCAAGGAAGACAUUUGGCCCCUAGUGAAACCAGUCUUUUCCCUUACCCCAUCACUCUAGAACAUGUAGUAUAAUGUGACGUGUUUAUGUUUUGAAACCACUACAGAGCUGUGAAAACAGACUUGGGAGAAAAUGCUGAAUGUGUAAGCCCCCUCCCCUUUUAAAUUCAUGAUGGGAGAGAAUAAGAAUAAAUGAUGGUUUUUAGUACCUAAGAUUAGAAGUGUACACUUUAUGCUAAUAUGGGUGUUGCAAACUAAGUAACUCGAAUUGUACAAGAAUGCAAGGAAUCAGAAAACAUUAGUUAUUUGCAGUAUAACCAUUAUCUCUUUAAUGUAGCCAUUUAUUUCAAACCAGACACUCUGUAUUCAUUAAGGUUUAUGAAAUGAAAUAAAAAGAGAGCUUUAUGUAGUUAUGCAUGUCAGUUUGCUAUUUAAAAAGCGUGGCAGCAUUUCUCAUAUUAGACAGAAAUUGGCAGUAAUUCCAUGACGAACAUUGUGCUUUUAAACCAGAAUUUAUAAUAUGCAUUGUAGAUUCCCCUGGUUUUAUAUACAUUGAGAACAAUGGGCUAAAAUCAAAGAAUGGAUUUUCUUCUGCUUUUAUUUUGGUCAAAGUUCUCAUCAUCUACCAUAGACAUAUAUAACAUUUAAAGCUUUCCAUUCUAAUGCAAUCCUUGUAAUAAUUUUAUUUGCCCUGUCAUAAUACCUUAAGACAACCAUUUUCAAUGUAAUUAUGGAAAAGUGCAUGGGAACCUAACUGCUAGAUUCAAGUCUGUCCUGAAAGUGCAUGUAAAGUUCUAGCUUGCAUUCAAAGUUAGUCCAAGCACAACUCCAGUACACGGCCGCUACUCUUCUUUAAACCAAAGAGUUCAGAUGGUUUUCUGUAGUUCCUUUUCUAAAGCCCAGAGGUUCCUCCAAUGCUAUCAUUCCUGCAAGAUAGCCCAGUGCAUCAAUUUUGCUGCUUUUCCUUGCUCAAGCCCUCACAUACCCCAGGAUACCACUGAUUAGUAGUAAGCUAGAAAUCACCUUAGUUACUGAAAAGGACAUAUUUUGUUGUUUGGCAUUGAUUGCUUUGAGAAUAAUAAUAGAUGUAGGUUAACACGAGUCAUAGGUGUAGGUGUAUAUAGAUUGAGGCUGUUGUUACUUCUCAGCUUUGUGGCUUGAUUUAUUUAUCUGGUAGUUUCAUUUUGCUCUGCUUUAUGAAAAUGCUAUUUACUGAGUUUGAGAGUACAAUAAAUAUACUUUUUCCCCCUUCAAAGCUAGCAGAUAAAUUUUAACACUCAAAAACCUGAUCUUAAUCAAUAGAACUAAAUAAACAAAUUUAACAGGUUAUAAUACCUGACAUGGUAAAAGGCAAAAGAUGUGUCCUGCCUAUUAAAUAUGUCAUUUUAUUGAAAGUUACAUGGAUUGCCAAUUUUUUAAAAUACUAAGAUCCAAUAAAAUGCAUGAAUAAUAGAAAAAUGCUGAACAUUAUUUUGAAUGCUAGCUGCUUAGACAUUAACUAUGGCAUAUCUGUUUUCAGAUUAAAAUACAUAUUCUUUGCAUAGUUUGUUCCAUGUAUGUUCUGAAUAUUUUUCUUAAAUUAUGAAAACCUCAUAACUGAGAAGGUAAAGUAUAAAAUGACUCUUUAAAUUGCCCAUUUUUUCUGAGAGUUCUUUUUUGUCAUGUUUAAAAUUUGCUUUUUAAUGAAAAUGAUCUCAAAAAUCUUCAGAGUGUCAAUUGCAUUGAAAACCUUGUACCUCCUUGGUAGAAACCAAGCCUAUAACAAAACUAGUUGUGUGAUCCGUGGUCAGUGCUAGUGCGGUCCUGGUUUUUGUGUUGUUAUCUAACAUGCUGAACACACUGCCACGUUGUAAUGAAUCAGAAAAAAGUGUAUUUUUCUUUACAAUAAUAAAAAACCUAAACUACACUACAAAGAGUAUUGCAUAUGAGAAAAAAAUGGAAAUACUUAAAUGUAUCCACAAUGAAGUAUGUGCUUUUAGCUAAGAAUUAAACAUGUUUCAGUGAACUUUCAUGUGCUUUAAAAAAAAAGUGUAGCAUAGUCUGUUACUUUAAUUCAAUCGAAGUUAUAAAUGAACAGAAAAAUCUGUUGUGGAAUCUUGAUUGUUUCUACAGUAGGUUUUGAUUUUGUGAUUUAAUCCUGAUAUGGAAUCUUAGCUAUCCUAUACACAAGUUCCUGAAGAAAUAUGUUUUCAAGUCAGGCAAUUAGGUUUAGUCGGGUGAAUGUUGAGAAAGGCAUGAGGAGGCUAUCCUUUCCUACUGAAGAUACAAUGUCACCUCCCUCUUUGGAUCUCAGUUUUGUGUUUGUGUGUAGGUAGGUCAGAGGUCACAUGUAACAAAACAGGAAAAACAGAAGAAACAGUCCUACUCAAAAUACCCAACCCUAGCUUCUUAACAAGCAUUUGGACAGUGAGAAGCUCUUGCUGCUUUAGUUUCUCAUGUAAAUAGAGUUCCUUAGUAAGAGUGAAAUUCAGUCUUAAGUAGAGGGAAAUGGAUAACCAUUUACACAUGAGGUGGCUUUUACCUUUGCUUAAAUAAAUGUUUGGGAUCACCUCCGAGGAAUGAAAACCAGUAGUGCAUUUUCAGCAAGAAAAGAGAUAAGAUGUAUGUAGUAGCAUUUGGAAAUGUGUCAAGAGUAUUAAUGUAAAUGUUCUCACUUUAUUGAAAGCUAAGAACAAAAAAAAUGUAGGGUGCUACUGAAGACCUGGAAUGCCAAGAGAUAGUUUUAAAGCCAAUUUGUAAAAUGAUAGUCCAUAAAUUACAUUUAAAAUUGGAAAAGUAGGACAAGAAUUUUAAAGUAAGCCAGUUUGUCCUUCAAAUAAUAUUGUAAAGUUGGCUUUAAAUGUAACUGUUCCAAUCAGAAUUUAUUUAUGGAAUCUGAUAACACAACUCCUGUUAACUUCCAUCCCACUGACCAGUCUUAAAAUGCCUUUGUCAGUAUAAAAUAAUGGUACCUCUGUCAUAACUGGUGUGGGUUUAGGAGUGAUCCAUAUUAAGGUGGAUAUUUAUGAUCCUAAAAUGAUUGAUAAGCACUGGAAAUGCACAACUGCCAUCUCCUAAUAUUUUCUUAAAACACUUUCUAAAAAAAGAAAAUUGUUUAAACAACAACAAAAACCUUGUAUUUUCAUUUACUCAAUUUCUAGACUAAAAGACUUCAGUAAAUUAAAUUUUACAAUCAAACUUCUUAUAGUCUUAUUUUCCAGUAGUCUGGAGACUGAUGUGUGAUUAUUGUGUCCACCUGCCACUGUUUUUUACAUCAAUGGACUUGAGAAGUAUUCCGACAUUUAUACGGCUUCACUGACAUAUUGCUAGUUCAGUCAUAGAUUGGAGUUUGCAUAUUGUAAUGUAAAUGUAUGUCAACACUAUUCUAAAUAGUUUAUGACUGAAAUUUAAUGAAAUAAAAGGUUGUAAAAUGUGAUUUGUAUAUGCUGUAUGUGUACUUUUUAAAAUAGGUCUAUGUCCUGACCCUUUUUAUACAGGCUUGAAUUUGAAGUUACAUUAUAUAAACAUAUACUUUAUUGUUCUAAAUAAAGAAUUUUAUGCACCAUCAUAA